AUGGCGCCUAAAGGAAAAGGCGGCGACAAAGGUAAAGGCAAAGCGAAAGCUCCCGCAGAAGAAAAGGGAGCUGGCAAGGUCAAACCUACACAACAGAUCAACGUUCGGCAUAUUUUGUGCGAGAAACAUAGUAAGAAGGAAGAAGCUUUGGAGAAGCUGAAGGGUGGUGCGUCUUUUGAUAGUGUCGCAAGAGAGUUCUCUGAGGACAAGGCGAGAUCUGGGGGCUCUAUCGGAUGGAAGAAGAGAGAGGAGCUGGAGCCGGCCUUUGCAGAUAUCGCGAUGGAGCUUGCGCAAUCUUCCACGACUAAUCCAACGUAUGCCGAAGCAAAAACGGUACAUGGUUAUCACAUUAUAAUGGUUGAUGGAAGAAAGUGA